CACAAACACUUCAGCACGCUUCAAGGAAUUAUUCAGCCUGUGGAAGCUUUGCGAUAGGAUUGAAAUUGUCCCAUCCAAGGAAGCGAACACCUGCCAUCCUGCAAAAUCACCGAUUUUUUGUCAUGAAGUUAUCUCCAAAUUUACCUGUUUAUUCCAAAUAUAUUGAGCUGCGUCUCCAAACGAUUGUAGGUUGUGAGUCUCAUGGAGAUGUAUAAGAUGGGCAUUGGGAGGCAGCUUUUUUGCAAUUGUCGCUUCCUAUGCCAUCUUAGAAGUCAAUUUGAUAUCAAUUACCAGAUACAAAACGUAAGAAUGUCAUUGCCACCAAUAAAUUGUGGGAAAAAGUACCAAAGCACCGCCUGGAUCUCCUCCAGAUCACAAGUCAGAAGCAGAGAGCAUGCUUGGAGUGCUUUGCUCAGUAAAAGGGGCAGCCUUUGCUGCAACACAACAGAGAGUCAGCAGUAUGAUACAGUGUCAAUAUGGGAGAGGGCAAAGUCUUCACAGGGGAUUUCUACCUCAGAUAUACCUGAUGACCUCUUGAACGCAUCAAGACUUGAGGCAGCUCAUGAGAGAGACAGCUUGGAAGGCAGCGGAGGAAAGGCUGUCUCCGAAGCAAGCAACAGCAGCUCAGAUCUUGAGAAAUUCUUCCUCAGAGGGGCUCGCGUGACAUCCCUGGCACAGGGUGAAUGGCAUCAUUUUGUCAGGGAGGGUGACACCGUUGUGGAUGCAACCUGCGGCAAUGGGAAUGACAGCAAAUGGCUGGCAGAGAAGAUCGGCCCAAAGGGGCAGCUCGUUGCAUUUGACAUUCAGGAGGAUGCCAUCCGCAGCACAAGCGCUGUCCUUGAGGACGAAGUGGAUCCAGAGCUGCUCCCCACUGUCCGCUUUGUCCAUGGAUGCCACUCUAAAUUAGAGGAGCAUGUCCAAGCAGCACGGUUCGUGUGCUUCAACCUGGGCUUUCUGCCCGGUGGAGACCGCAGCAUCAUCAGCCAGCCGGCUACCUCUGUGGCUGCUGUCAAGGCCGCCAUGAAUAUUUUGGAACCUGGGGGAAUUAUCAGUGUGCUGGCAUAUGUAGGCCAUCCAGGCGGCAUGGAGGAAUACAGGGCGGUGCAAGAGAUGGCCACGCAGGUUCACCCUCAGGAGUUCACUGUCCUGGAGCAGCGCAUCUUGAACCGGCCAAACUCCCCUGUCUUGAUCAUGCUGUGGCGAAGGCCUUGAUGCCAGCCCACCUUGUAAGGCUCUUUCGUUAC